GUCUUCUGUCUCAACCGACCCCCGCUGGUGUCUUUUAGUGGGGAAAAACAACAGAGUCGCGUUGAAACGAAGGAUUCAAACCAUCAAACCAAGAACCAUCUUUAAUACGAGACUGCAGAUGGGUUGGUAAGUCUUCCUUCGCUCUGCCUCAGGACUGCUUCACGCUCGCCUGCAAGCAGUAACCUUGUGUGGCCAUGGCCUUGAAAGUGGACCUCGCUGCAGAUUCACAUCAGCCAGAAAGGACCCAGACAUCCCUGUGGCCCACAGAGACCUGGAGAGGGCCCGAAGUCGCCUUCUAGAUGAAUGGAGGCAAGAAAGAACACCACAGCAGGGGUUGUUUUCUGGACCCCUGCCCCUGUUUGCACCUCACCCUCCAGCUCUGUGAUAUCUGAGGGUGAGGACGAAGAAGAGACGGAGAGAGGCGAUGACUUUGUCAGCCAGAUGGAUGAGAAUGGCAUCAUUGGACUGUCAGAAGCACUUGGGGAAGUGGAGCUGGAGCCGCCUCGUUGCGAAUCAAAUGCAGGAAGUGAUGCAGGUGUGUGCGCUGCAGCCUUCACCCUACAGGAGGCGGAGCCUAGUGAGCGUGAGAGGGAUCCUCCUGAGGACCGGAGUUACAACCUCGGUAAACGUUGGCCCCAUAACGGAUCACAAGGGGAGGGCGUACGAAUACCAUCAUCAUUUGAGGACAUGAUGGAUAUGGAAAAUAAACACCGGAGCGCAUCUAGAGCCACCUGCAGCCUGGCUGAGCGCUUUAUUCCCGAAGGAGACAUUGAGUUCAGCACUACGCAAAAACAGAGUGCUCACCCGUUAGACAUGGGACCGGCUUCAGUCUCCAACCGGGACCGCCCAAUAUCCCAGCCUACCUCACCUGCGAUGGCCCCCACUUACCGCCACCUUCUCCACUUCACUGCCGAGGAAAUGGCUGAUGCUCCGGGGAUCGACGCUGAAACCCUUCCAGAGAUGAGCUUCACAGAAAGUCCUCCAGAAUCACUAAGCAGCCACGUAAGCCACUCGUUCAGUCCUCGCUGCGCUGAGGUGAAGCUCAGGGCUCCUUCUCAGCCAGCAGCAGCCAUGUCCGCUAAGCAAGGUGCAUCAAUUCAAUACUGCCGAGCAGAUACAGGACCUUUGAAGGCAUCCGAUACGUCAGGGAUCCCCCACAAACAGCCCACUCCCUCGCCGAGGAAGAUGAGGCAGAAAUCUCCUGAAUCUGCACGUUCUGGAAAUGGUUCCCUCAGCCUGGCCAAAGCAGACUCGUUAACAUUCAAACAUCAGACCACUAGUCCUGACAAAGAGCAGGAGACACCAAGCGCCAUGACUGCUGCUGCUGAACUAGAUGAAUCCAGAAAAGGGCCUCUGAGCUACCGCACACCCGAUUUCACCAAGGUGGAGCCCAGAGUCCGUUUUCCCAAAGAGGGGUACAACCCCCCCAGGAGCAGACGCUCUUGCGAGAGGAAGUCCUUGUCGCCCGAGCCCAUCUUCGUGUUUCAGUCCCCUGCUGGUAUUGGGAAAGAAGUCGCACUGAACCCCACCGCUGGACCUCCUCCCUCACCACACUGUCCCAAUCCACCAACCAGUGCCCCCAACCCGGCUGUGCCUCAGGAGCUCAGGGGGCGCCAGCAGGCCGCCACGCUGCUGGACCAACUGGAGAAGGACUACAACAAACUGCUGACCAAGUACGCCGAGGCGGAGAACACCAUUGAUCGCCUGCGCCUGGAAGCCAAGGUGAACCUGUACUCUGACCCCCCAAAGCCCGGCCACUUGGUGCAGUCAGGACUGAACCGGGACUCUUCAACAUACAUGAAGCUGGAUUUUCCUCAGGCUCAGAGAGCCGCGUUUAACUCCACAUCUCUUCACCCAAAUGGACAGAGCAAUCAUCAGAAAAGCUCCUCUGCCUGUCCCUCCACAAGAAGCCCAGACCCUCAGGUGGGACAGCAGCUGGCCAAGAUUCUCUACCAUCAGGCCGACAAGUUCCUCCAGCAGCUGCAGUCUUUUGAUGAUCUCCUGAGGAGCAAAACACUGAGGCCUUUUGAUCAGAUGAAGGGCCUUUCACAGCUAGCUGAGGGCCUCAACUCUUUAGAAAGGGGCUACCUGUUUGCGAGGGAUGAACACAAAGUCUUGCAGCAGGGCGGGGCUCAAAUCCUCCCCUUUGACUCUGAGCGGGAGCUGGAGGGGCUGAUCUUUCAGUGUGGGCUGCGCAUGGAAGAGCUAAAGGAGCAGCCCACCUGUGAGGCUCCUCCCUCUCCACCUCCUCACCCCACUCCUUCACCUGUCCCCAUCUGUCCCCUCAGAGGGACUCACCCACAGAGCCCUCCAGCGGCAGUGGAGGUGAGCUCAGCCCCCGAAGAGAGCGAUGAAGAGGAAGAAACUCGUAAUUCUCUCUACCUCAAACCUCAGAAUGGCAAACAAAGACCUGUUGAACAAGACUUCCUCUCACUAAUCGAUCACUACCAGAGCUUUAAGGAGCUUCCCAGCCAGAGGGGACGAGCUUCUCUUUCUGCUGCCUUAAGUAGUGACGUGCUGCCUGGGGAGCAGGAAGGACAGAGGCCUGGAGGUCUUCCACAGAGGAAAGACAAAUCAAACCAUCUGGCCUCCGCUCCCGUUGGCAGUGUCACACAGCAGGCCAUCGAGCCCAGUUAUCCAUCACGCAGGGCCUCCAGCCAGUCCACCAGCCUCCAUCCUCUCCAUCCCCUCAGCAGCAGCAGGAGGUUAGAGCUGGGAAAGUCCCACAGCAGCAGUCUGAGCAGCCUGGGAGAGGUCACAGCGUCGGGAAAGAGGAACGCCAAACCCCAAACUGGGAGUACGGGAGGGCUUUCUCAGGAUGGGGUCAUCUCUCCAGAGACAGACAGUGGGUUUGUCUGUUCAGAGAGCAGCCGGCCGACUCCAGCAGCAGCUCUCAGUUCUCUCCACCAGAGGGCCAUGCCGAGUGUUUUAGUGCCUCAGCAGGGGAACCCUCUCGUACACCCAGUUCCGUCAACGUCUCACCGUCAUGCAGCCAUGGAGCCCAGAAGUGACUCUCAGAUCAGCUGUGAGCAGCAGAGGAGACGCACUUCUUCGUGCUCUCUACAGCCGCGCGCCCGUCAGACGCAUCAAACCAGGGCCCACAGUGGGACCAGUGACUUGGGGUUGGAAAGUGAAAGAUCUCACACCGCGUCUGAAGACGGACUGAAUGAUCAGUACACAGAGUCUGUCAGUUCCCUCCACCAGUGCAGCCCGAGCUCCUCCCCCACCGCAACGCAUCACCACGGGGAUUCUCUCAUAGCACGGCGCUCAAGUCAGAACCGCAGUGAUUCAAUCCAGAGGCUGCAGGUUGAGGUGAUCAGACUAAGGGACAGACUUGAAAGCUGUGUGAGGAAUCAGACGCCUCUGAGCUCUGUGAGUCCAGCAGCUCCAGCUCAGGAGAACUUCACCCUCCACAACACCCCUCCACCCUGCUUCAGGUCUGCAGAGAAAUGGGGGGAUGUCAGCAGGGGAAGAAGAGAUGGAAGGACUGUUGAUGAGGUUGAUGAGUCUACACUGAGAAAAAUGGCCAGGAAGAGACCAUCUUCUGCACACAGACAAAAGCCACAACUGGACAUCCUGACAGGUCCGGAGCCCUCUUCACCCAACCCUCCGCCCCUGGUGUCCAGAGGCAGCCGUUCCCACAGUGCUGUCUGCAGCAGGACUCACCCCAGACAUCUUGGUGCAUCUGAAACAGACAGCAGAGGACGACCAGCUCCUCUUUGUCCUCAGUGUUUUUCGUGUCCCCAAGAGCGAUCUGAAAUUGGUGGCGACAAGGAGCGGGUCCACUCCUCUCUGUGCCGUUGCUGUCCUCUCUGUGGACGCCCAGAACCCUCCAGAAGCACUGAGCCAGACUGUUGCAGAGUUUCAGGCUCACCCGCACACAUGAGCUGCCACGUGUGUUCCCCGGAUGGAGCCGGGAGGAGCAGACACGUGGCAGCUCCGCCCGUGCUGUUACACUGCAUGCCAGUGUGCCCGCCACCACUUCUGUUGUUCUCAUCGCCCCCCUACGUGCCUCCUAGCCACAGCACACCGUCAGGGGUCAGAGGUCGCAGGGAGAUGAGGGCGAGACGCUCCCAGUCGUCCGACAGGCAGCACUCCGUGGACACCUCUUUGGACAGAGCCAUCAGAGCAGCUCGGCACAUGAAACACACCUCUGGGCACAUGGCUCGCUCUCUGACUAGCGGAGUGCAGUACCAGGAGCUGCUCACUCAGUCCUGCAGCUACUAGUCUGCUCCCUGUCCCCACCAGGGCUGCUGUGGAUCCAUCUUUUAUGCACACACAUAUACGGGAAUAUUUUUACACAUCAUGUAUGAAUUGUAUUUGGUAGAAAUUUACCAUAGAACUGUAGAUAUUGAAGUGAGUUCUGUAUGUCAAUUUAUUUGUACUUUUUAAUAUGUUGCAGGGAGUCAGUUCACUUGAGCCAAUUUUCAUUUCAUUGUACUUCCCUGUUCAGUGAAUACAUUUUUCUUUUUAAAGAUGACAUUAAAAGACUUAAUGGAAGCCAAUUUAUUAGACAGCCUUAGUACAUACUAAAUACAUGUACAUGGAAGUAUUGUUUGUGCUUCAACACUCAAACAUAUAAUCCCAAUAAGUUAAACAGUUUUAAGACUGACUAAUGCGUCACUAUUUUUUCCUCUGAUAAAUAAUUUUGAUAUAAAUUGAUUUUAAGAGUCAACCCUAUACAGCAAAUUAUAAAAGAAAAAAAACAGACGAGCGUUUGCAUCACAGAAAA